CUUUUUUCAUCCUGCCUGAGGGCUACAUAAUUGAGGCGUGCUGCUGGGUAACAUACAAAUCAAGUCACUCGGGCGCUGUUGGACAAAUACGAGCCACCAAUAUCGCACUGACAUGAAGCCGGUCACACUGCUGGUGCUGGGCCUGGCUCUCCUGGUGAGUGUGUCGGCCAGGAGAGGUACAGGCGGGGGCUUCAAGAGUGGAAGUUUCGGCUUUGGCCGCAAGACCCCCAGCACCUCCAACACCCGCACUAGCGGAUCAUCCUCAUCUUCCUCCUCACGCAGGCCGAGCCAAUCGCAGCCUGCCGGCAGCUACCCACGGCAGCCGCAGAACCCUCCUCCUGCAAACUACCCGCGGCAACCGCAAAACCCUCCCCCUGCAAACUACCCACGGCAGCCCGCUUCCAACCCCGGAGCUCCUCCGCCUUACCCUGGACAAGGACCCCCACCCCCGUACCCAGGAGCUGGAGCUGGAGCUGGAGCACCACCCCGCUACCCUGGAGGUGCCCCUCCGCCCUACCCCGGGGCAGCACACCCUCCGCCCUACCCGGGGGGAGCUAACCCAGCAGCUGCCCACCCACCUCCCUACCCAGGAGCUGGACCUCCCCCUCCCUAUCCAGGCAGGCCCAUGCAGCCCAACCCGGCGGGCUCCUAUCCAGGGGGGGGUGGUGUGUACCCGGGGAGAGCCAACCCCAAUCCCUACCCGCCCCAGAGUGGCAGCAACCCUGGCGUUGGUGGCUACCCUAACAGGGGAGGAGCUUACCCUGCUGGUGGCAACCCUUACCCGGUUGGGGGCUCGUACCCCGGGUAUCCCGUGAGAGGAGCCGGCGGAUAUGGCGCAGGGGGAUCGUACCCCGGAGCGGGAGCGGCAGGAGCGGGCGCUUACCCUCAGGGCAACCCUUACGCGCCCAACUGGAACCCCAACAACAAGAUCCUGAGCCCUCGCUACGGGGGCGGGGGCGGCUACGGUUACGGCUCUCCGAGCUACGGAGGCGGAUAUGGGGCCGGCGGCUAUGGGGCCGGUGGCUACGGUCGUGGUGGCUACGGCCAGGGCGGCUCCCCGUUCGCCCACUCGGUGCAGAGCAUGGGCUACCAGCCCAACAUGCAGUCCCGGGGCUUCGGCAGGCAGGCCAUGCUGGCGGCGGGUGCGGGGGCCGUGGCGGGAAUGGCGCUGGGCUACGGGCUGGGCAGCUUCCCCCGGCCCCACUUCCACUUCCACAGCCCCCAGGAGGAGUACUACUACAACCACUACAUGUACCGUCGCUACGGGUCUAAUUACUCGGGUGGCAGGCCCCAGGAGGGCAACGGAGGGGCCGGAGGACCUGGAGACUCCAGCCAGGGCGGCUCAGCAGCAGGGGGACAGGGUGGUGCAGCUGGGGCGGGCCAGGGUGGCCAGAACCCCCCACCGGUUUUACUCAAACCGCCGCCUCAGGACUACGACACGUACAUGGACAGCUGCAUGAAGAGGACCGAUCUGAUCCGCAACAGGAGGAGCGUGGAGGAGGAGCAGCCCCAAGCCCCUGCUGCCGCCGACACCUCCUCUGAGCCCCCCAAGGCUGACGAGCCCGUGGCUGAGACAAUGGUGGCCCCAGAGACGACCCCAGCCGUUGCUGGAGGAACGGAGACCGGAGGGAAUGCCACCACAGAGGGAGCAGCUCAGAUUCUGAACGGCACCCAGAGCGAAGCCAUGGACACCAACACCACCGCCUCCACGAACGAGAGCAAGCCAGAGGUGCAGCCAGUCGCAGGAGGAGAGGGUGUGGAGGAGGAGAAGAAGGCGGAGGACGACGACGGCGAGGAGGUUGUGGGCAUCAUGGAGAUCGGCUACCCAAUGCUGAUUGAGCAGCUAAAGGCACGGCGCUGCAUCGAGCUCUACAUGGUCUACACGGAGCGCAUCGCACAGCAGCAGCACGAGGAGGCCCAGAAGCAGAUCGCCGACCGGAGCAACAACAACAACGACUACUCCAACGAUGAGCCCAAGGCCCGGGGCGCUGGAGACAAGCUGGGCCCCCUCAACCAGGGGAUGGUGGUGCUUCUGUCCAGCACGCUCUCCUUGCUGUUCAGCGUCUUGCUGCUCCACUGAAAAGCCGCUAGCCUUUGCUUGCUAGUUGUCGUUUGUCUGCACUGAGAUCUUAGAACCUGUGACUUUUGAAGGGGUGAAGUCUAGGGCAAAAUCUUGGGAUUUGAAUGCACUGAUCAACAUCCAGAACGAGGGAGUGGACUAAUAUUGAACUAAUUUUCUUUGUGAAGCAGUUUUAAUAACACUGAAGUUUUUGUUUUGCACUUAAAUUGAGGUUGAAACUAAUUUAUUACCGUACUAAUUUAUUGGACUUUAAGAUGGUUUCUUGUCACGGUAAUUAUGUGAAAGGAGUCACUGACCUAAAUGCUUUUCAGGAUCUGUUACUGUUUUUGCUCACUAGCCUAGAUUCCUGUAGAAGCCUGUCUUGAUUAAGCUGCUCAGCCCUUCAGGCUAGGAGUGUGAGGGUAAACACACAAAUGUAAUAAUAAUAAAUUAAUGUAGUCACAUUGGGAUAAAGGAAGAGAUGUAGAGUAAGUUAGGGGUUCUCAUGAUAUGAAAAAAGGCUUAGGAAACCGCCAAGGAAAAAAAGUCUGGGAAAGGGCAAUGAGAGCUUAUAAAUCCACCCAGAAACCUGGGAUUUCUAUUCUUUUUCUCUGUAUGUUUCUUACUGUAGGUACAGAAUGCCAGUGAGCAGGCAGACCCUUCAUGGUUGUUGUAAAGUUGACUUCAUGACUCCAUGACUUGCCAUCCUCUAUAUGUGCCGUCACUGCUCACGUCUCUGAAAUGUUAUUGCGAUAACAACACUGGCACACACAGCAACACAAGUGCAGGUGCGCCUAACAAGCACAUUGUCACAGUUUCAGGUGCAGGCUAUAAUUGACAAACAACAGGCUUCAGCUAUACUUCAAUGGCGAUUUCUGAAGGGAAAAAAGUAACAUUUUAAAAAUGUAAAAUUUUAUCUCGAGCAAAAAAAAAGAGCACGUUUCCUGCAUAAGCUUAGCUGAUGCUCAAUGUUUGGCUGAUACUAAUUAUUAUUCAUGCUGAACCCUGCUUAUUCACAAGAGCCAUACGGUAUGCUGGCUAUUUAAAAAAAAAUAAAAAAAAUAAUCGAUGAUGUAGGAAGUAGGUGCUGCGCUGACUACAAAACAUUUUUCAUUCUGUGUACUAGGUGAGCUCGCCUAGCAGCAGAAAAUAUGUUUUGCCCGAUGGAGUCGGUUUAUCAUGAUAUAGUCUGUCUUGCCAGGCUACAGUUGUGAGACAUGAGGCCUCUCUCUGGCACAAUGUUUUUAUAUGAAAAGUGGAUCUUAAAAGAAAUAAUCUUAUUGAAGCUCUUCCCCGUCGCAAAGUUCUAAAAUCCAUCUUGUCAGUGUGAGGUAGAUAAAGACCCUGUCCUUAAUGCUAUCUUGGUAAAAUGUCAUUGAGUGUCAAAACUGUCUCAGCAUCCCAUCUCUCCAUCACGAGCAACCAAUUAAAACUGUGCAUGGUUUAAACUGACCUACUUACAGGCUAAAUUUGGGCAUGUUGAAAACUGUAAUAAAAAUAACGUGCGCUGCUGCGCUCAAAUCCAGAUCAUGGAAAGA